UGCAACAGACCAGGGCAACACCAGUGCCGCCAUUUUGACGUCGUCGCGCGACUCGGCCGCUCUCGUUCGGGAUCAUCGUCGGAGAGGCCCCGAAUUUUUUCCUUCCAAAAAGAAAAGCAUUUUUCACGUUUCUUGUACUGGCUUUCUUGUGUUCUUGCCGUCUGUUUCCUCUCCACCCCUGCCCGGACCCAUCAUCGGCCCCAUUGUUUGUUCUUCAUUGUUGAACGACGCCAAAAAGGAAGAAACAAAAAAAAAAGCGACAAGAGUUUUGCAAAUUGUUGUGCGUGAGUGAAGCAAUAGAAAGUAAACGUAUAGCUGUGUGCGUACGUGCGUGCGCUCGCGCGUGUGUGUGCAUGCGCGUCGAAUCCUAAUGCGUACACGGGAAUAUGCAUGUGUUUAUGGAGUGGAGUGGUUUGUGUUUGUGUGUUCGGUUAAUUUUUGAAUGAGUUUAGUUUAGUUGAUGGUUUUAUGGAAAAGGUAUUGUCGCAAGUUUCGUGUCAUUUUCGAAUGAGUGGACGAACGGGCUGAAUUAGUUAUAACACAGAAGUGGUCGGUUUUUUGGGCGCUUUACUAUUAAUAAAAGCGUCACAAAUAUUUUAAUGUGUGUGGGCAACAACACCGCUCCAAGCAGUACGUAAAAGCGGCUUUAAAAGGCAACAAAAAAUCGUAGCCAUGUUGUUUCGUGAGUGUGUUGUUCAGUAUUCCGGAUAGUAAGUGAUCCUCCUUCAAAUGGUGGACACUGAGCAGGAGGACAGCAUGUGCGCGCGCACACACACACACAACCGAGCAGCAGCAGCAGCAGCAGCGGCUGAAAAAAAGGAGCUGCAGCAGCACAACGUUAACACAAUCUGGUAUAUGCGAAGUAGCAGCAGCAGCAGCAGCAACAGCACCGGAACACCGUGCCGUUUCCUUCGAUUUGGGUGCUGAGCGGCUACACUACCCGAGGAAGAAACGCAAGAAGAAACAGUGCAGAGUCCGCUGUUUAGGUGUGCGCCGAGCGCGCGCGCGCGCGAGCUUGUGUGUAUGCGUGUGGUGGUGAAUACCACCAUAAUCGUGUAUGUUGCGUUGUGCACGCACCGUUCCGUUUCGCUCUCUCUUCCUCACUUGUGUAGCACACCAACCAUCUCGCUCUCUGCGUGCGCGCGUUUACAAGUGUGUGUGUGUGUGCGUCUGUAUAGCGUGGUGUGCGUCGCGUCGUCACCAUCAUAUAGUGUAAUGUGCGUGUGAAUUUUGUGUGUAUGUGCGUUCGUACGUGUGAAGGCGUGGAAUUUUGCAUCGUGAAAUCAAUCAUGCAUACUCAUCAUCAUCCUUCAAGCAACCCGUACAACAUCAGCAGCCGUCUGCAAUAAACAAAAAAGCAAAGGAAAAGCCAACACGCGCAUCCGAAAACACUAGCAAAAAGUAGUAGCAACAGAAAUCGAGCAAGCGAGUUGGAGAGUGAAAGGUAGAGAGAUAAAUAGAGAGAGAGAGAGAGAAGAAAAGGAGGAAAAAACAGCUUCGCCGCACCAAUCCACACAUGCAGCAGAGAGAAGCGACAGCAAAUGAAAUAUAAUAGCGCAAAGCACAAGUGCAUUUUGUGAGAUAAAUAUAUAAAAAAAAAAUGCAAAGUGAAUAAAUCAUGCGGAAGCAAAUAGUUUAAAAAAAAUGUAUUCGUGACAAAAGGUAAGCUUAGAACACGUUGAAAAAGUAAAACAAAAGCUUGCAAAGUAAAGUGUCAAGAAAAUAGUGAAGAAACACGCGAAAGAGUGAACGCCAGAGGGGAAAGAGUGAACGAAAGGAGAGAAGCCCAAAGGGAAAGAAAAGGAACCUGUGUGUGGUCGUCGCUGCAACUUGUUCGUUUCUGUUCCCGCUCGUUCCACCAACGACGGCAUCCAGUGCUUCUUUUCUCUCUCUCCUUGUUGUGCGAUUCGCUUCUAUCAAAAUUCUCAAAGUGAUAAACAAUGGCCGAUCAUAUGGAGGAGCCACCGAUGAAACGGGCGAAAGUCCGGGAUGUAUCCUCAGAAGUUAUAUCAACCACACUCGAUCAAAUGUUCGAUCUGGAAAACCACCUACCAGACGAGCUGAUGGGCGACAACACAUGGGUGGACUCGCUGAGCGGGGGCAACAAACCACCCGGCCCAGGUCCGGGAUCGCAAAUGAAUGGCGACGAUCCAGGCGGAGGAAGCUCCAACCUGACCCAGGUAUCGCUAGCCCUGCAGCGUCAGCAGCUGCAACAGCAUCAGCAGAUGCACCAUCUAAUGAUGCAACAGCAGCAACAGCAACAGACGAACAAAGCAAUGCCAGGACAAACGAUGCUUGGCAUGGGACCGCUCGGUGUCAAAACGCCUGGCAUGCUGUCCUCGAUGAACCAAACGAUGGGCAACAACGUGGUGGUGAAUGCGAUGGCUGCUGGUGGUGGCGGCGGCCUUUUGGGGAUGGGCAGCGGUAUCGGCCCAAAUGGAGGUGUUGGCGGUGCCGGCGGUGGUGCCGGUGGCCCCGGAAUGGCGAACAGUAUGGGAUUGAGCGGAGGCGUCAUGUCCGGUGGAGGACUGGUGCAACUAAACAGCGGCGGUGUCCGGCAAACAAAUGCAAAUCAAUCCGGUGGCAAUGCGAGUGGAAAUGGUGGCCCAAUGAUGCAUCAGCUUGUACCGCCCCAAAACGGACCAAUGGGUGGCGGUCAGCCACGAUUGGGCAAUCCGGGACUGAUGCCGCGCACCACCGGUCACAUGAAUCCGGGAUUGCGACAGCUGGUGCAACAGGGGCACGCGGUUGGCACCCCGAUGGUUGGCCAGAUGGGUGGUGGCGGUGGCGCUGGUGGCAACGCGACAGGUGGCCAAUUUGUCGUCGGUUAUCAGCAGCAGGGAGUUAUGCAACAAGGCGUGCGUACGGCAUCACCCGUCUUGGUCAAUCGGCAGCCACCGAAUGGACCGGGAGGGACGCGAUUGCCAAAUCCGAUGGUAACUGGUGGCGUUACGGGAGGUGCUACGAUGGGAAUGCUCGGUGGUGAUGGAAAUGUUGGACCACAGACGCAAACGGGACAGGGCCCUGCUGGUGUGGUCAGUUUGCAGCAGCAACAACACGGUGGUCCGGGUCCAAAUGCGCCACAGAUACGGCCAUUGGUCGCAUCAGCUGCAGCGGGGACGGGGACGGUUGGUGGUGGCAGUGGUACUGGAUCUGGUACAUCCGGGACGGUUGGUGCAGCGACGAGCAGUGGUGGUGGCGGCAAUACGUCCACUUCGAUGAACAGCAGUCCCGGUGGCAACCCACUGUUGGCCGAUCCGGAGAAACGCAAGCUUAUACAACAGCAACUUGUUCUGCUGUUGCACGCCCACAAAUGUCAGCGUCGCGAGGCGGAAAAUCCGAGCGGUAAUAUCUGCAGCCUAGCACACUGCCGUACGAUGAAGGAAGUGUUGACGCACAUGCAGUCAUGUCAGUUAGGCAAGAACUGUCCCAAGACGCACUGUUCUUCAUCCCGUCAGAUCAUAAACCAUUGGAAAAAUUGCCAACGACAAGACUGUCCCGUGUGUUUGCCGCUUCGUGAUACUAACAAAUUGAAGCAGCAACAGGCAUCACAGCAACAACAGCAGCAACAGCAACAGCAGCAGCAGCAACAACAACAGCAGCAGCAACAACAACAACAGCAGCAACCUCAACAAUCUCAACUACAACAAUCUCAUCAACAACAACAGCAGCAGCAUCAUGCCCAGCAGCAACAGCAAAUGCAGCAACCUCAGCAACAACUACAGAUGCAGCAAGAUCAGCAUCAGCAGUUGCAGCAACUUCAGCAGCAACUUGCUCAGCAGCAGCAGGAAGCAAUGCAGUUACCGCAAAAGCAGCAGCAACAAUUGUUGAUGCAACAGCAGGACCAGCAAAAGUCGAUGGAACACAAACAGCAAAUGGUAAAAUCGGCCCAAGCGCAAAUGAUGCUGUCGGACAAGGAUCAGCAACAGCAGCAGUUGCUGCAAAAGCACGCGCAGCUGCAGGCAACGCAGCAGAUACAGCACAACAUGAUGGCGCAGCACAAAAAGGUUCAGCAGCUAAUGAUGCAGCAAAAGCAGGAACAGAUGCUGCAGAAAUCGUACUCCCAGCAGCAGCAAUCGCAACUUCAGCAACAGCAACAACAGCUGCAACAGCAACAUCAACAGCAGUCCCCUCAACUGAUGCAGCAACAGUCACCACAACUGCAGGUGCAUCAAGCACAGUUGCAACAGCAACAAGUAUUGUCACAACAGCAACAGCAACAGCUUUUAUUACAGCAACAACAUCAGCAGCAGCAACAGCAGCAGCAGCAACAACAACAGGAUAAUAAGUCUCCUAUGUUUGCCCAACGUCAGGUAACGCAACAACAGCUUCAACAGUCACAACUAUCCCAAAUGUCCCAACCCCAGCUGCAGUCUCAAGUCGCGCCCCAGCUUCAAUCGCUAUCGCAUGCACCAUCCCCUCAACAGCAGCAACAAAACCAGCUCGCCGCAUCACAAGAGCAUAAAAAGAUUGUACAACAAGCGGCAGCAGAGGCGGCUGCAGUGAGAGCUAUUGUUGCAGCUUCAGUUUCGUCAGCUUUGCAACAACCACAGCAACAGCAACAACAACAGCAGCAGCAACAACAACAGCAGCAGCAGCAACAACAACAACAACAACAACAACAGCAGCAACAACAGCAACAACAACAACAACAGCAGCAGAAAUUACAAAUGGAACAGAAGAAGGAUCAGCUGCAACAACAUUUAGAACAGGCGAAACACGAACAACAGCUGGAGAUACAGCACGAUCAACAUAACGAUUUGACGGAAAAGCAACAAUCGCUGACACCAAUGCAUCCGACGGACUCGUCGGAGGUAACUAAUGCACUGAGCCAACCGGACGGUAGUACCGAUGCCUCAACAGUAUUGACGAUGAAGCCGGACGAUCACACGAAGACACAAGACCUGGGGGCUGAUCAUUUGUUGCAAGAUCAGUUGCAGUCACAGCUAGAUAUUAACAAACAGAAGGCCGACCAGCUGCAGAAGGAUGCACGGUUAUCCGCAGGGGCCGGCGAACAGGAGGGAAAGGACGGUCAGGGAGAGGUGACCGACCAGCAGAAGGAACAUUUGGACCAUCCCGAUCAGCAGCAGCUAGAUAAAACGAAGCAAUCUGACGAUGCACUAGAGAAGAAGGUGCAAGAGGGAAAAGAUGGCGCCUCGCUUAGUCAGUCGAAUCACGACGGGUCGAAAGAACUGUCGGACAAACAGCAGGACAAGCUGGACAAAACCGAUCACAAAGAUGUUCAGCUGAAAGGUUCGCCGGCGAUUGGCGAUCCGAUCACCCUUCCGGACAGUACAAACCAGGGGGAGAAGUCUGAACAGGAUAAGUCUGAUCUGAAGGAACUGAAGGAUGCGUCGCAAGAUGGUACGGAGCAGCAUCAUGACAAACAACAGGACAAGCUGGAGCUGGCGAAAGGUGACGAUGCGUCAAACCAGCUACAACCGGAGCAGAAAGAACCCAAAUCGGACGGUUCGAGUAGUGUCGAGCAGCAAGAAAAGAAGGAUUUGUCCGAUGGAAGCAACAAAGCGCAAGAUUCAUCCGGUGAGGCGAAAGAUCAAUCCAGCCACGCGGACAAAUCCGGCAACGAAUCGCUCGAUCACGAAAUGCAGGUGGAUGGUGCUAAGCUUGCAGCGGACAAGAAGCAGACGGGUGGCGAGUCCUCGUCAAACGACGUUGGGUCGGAUCAGUCGGAGAAAAAGUUAGAAUCCCAGUUGCUGGAACAGCUCGGUCAAUCGUCCGCGUCUAGCGAACAGCAAUCGGAAAAGAACGAUAGCAGGAAGGAUGAUCAGCAGAAAGAUUCUAAUAGUAACAGUAAACCGGACGAACUAUCGGAUGGGCUGUCGAAAUCGUCACUGCCAUUGCCGUCCGGCGGUUAUGCGGAUGGACAGGAGGACAGCAGUAGUAAACUGCUAAAGCCCGAUGAGAAACCAAAGCAACAGCAGGCGGCAGAUCAAUCGACGACCGACGAUGUGGGUCAAAGCGAUGCGUCCAAAACAGUCGGUGAUUCGUCGGAUGACGGUGUAAAGAAGAUGGACCUGCAGGAGCAAGAGAAAGAUAAGACAUCGAACGAGCUGUUGGCGGACGCGAUGGAAGUAGAUCCAGACACGUCGGCGUCUCAGUCAACCGGUUCCACGGACCAGAGUAAAUCGUCCGUCCCGUCCCAACAGCGCCUCGGAGACGAUACGGAUGCUGCUACUGCGUUAGCCAAGGUUUUGCAGGAUCAGGAUCACGAAAUGAAGGACGUAUCGCUAAUUGCCCAACUGCAGGAGCAAGAGAAAGACAAACAGUCACCGUCGCCGCAACAGCGGCAGCUCCAAAUGGACCAGGCAAAGCAACAGGAAGUGCAGAAACCGCAUACACCACAAACACCACAAGCCUCCUUAUCCUCGCCCCAGCAGCAGCAGCAACAGGUACAGCAACAGGCGAAGCUUAAUUUGCAGCAACAGCAGCAAAAGCUGCAGCAACAACUGCAGCAACAGCUGCAACCCCAGCAGCAGAUGCAAAUGUUGCAGCAGCAAAAGCAACCGCAACAGAUGUUGCUGUUACAGCAGCUACAGCAACAGUCCGACAGUCAGCAAAUGCAGCUAAAGCAGCAGUCAACGGACGGUACGGAUCAGCAGCAUGAGCAGCAGUUGCUUUCAUCCGCACAAAUCACACCGCAGGCAUCACCAUUAACGAACCAACAGCAGCAACCAACGGGGCAUUUAAAAGGCCUGUUGCCACAAACGGUCGGGUCAGUUGAGCAGACAGCACACCAACAAUCUGCACAGGAUGGUUCGACGGCACAGGUGCUACUGCAGCAGAAUACCGGCAACGUAGCGUCCGGUGCGGAUGUGGUCGGCACGCGGCCAUCGUUCAAUCAGCAGCUGGUGAACAGCAUGCAACAACAAAUUGGGCCCUCUUCAUCGCCACUCCAGAGCAAUCUGUCCGGUGCCGUCAGUGGUCCGCAGUCGAACCAAAUGAACAGCAUGCGAGGUAUAGGAAUGGCGGGCCAGCAGCAGCAGCAGCAACAACAGCAGGGCAACACCGUGCGUUUGAUGAUGCCACCGAAUCAACUAGGCGGUAUGUUACAACAGCAGAACGAUGGCAGUACCGGCUGCGGUGGAAUGCUCGGUCAGAACGCGACGAAUCAGCAGCAAGGUAGCGUACAGUCCCAGCAGCAAACCCAAACGAAUCCUUCAAUCAUUCCAAUGGCAACGGGUAACAGUGGUAAUCAGAUGUUGUUCAGCCCCGGUGAUAGCAAUCAAAUGGCCACUAGCGGUGGCAACUUAACCAACAGUGCAGGUGUGGUUUGCAGCACAUCCACGGCAACCGGGAUGCAAACGUUAACGUCCCAGUCGAUGCCCAUUAUGAACACGACCAACACGAGCACUAUGAGUGCAGGCGGUGGUCCCAAUACGAGUAACUUCGCGGUCGGUGCGACCGGCGGCAAUACGGGUAGCAAUGCGGGCGGUAACAAUGCAUCGAUGGUGGCCGUACCGGUGCAGGGUACGAAGGAUUGGCACCAUUCGGUAACGCCCGAUCUGCGGAACCAUCUGGUACACAAGCUGGUGCAGGCGAUCUUUCCCUCGCCGGAUCCGUCCGCCAUGUUCGACAAACGGAUGUACAAUCUGGUUGCGUACGCGAAGAAAGUCGAAGGUGACAUGUACGAGAUGGCUAACUCACGCUCCGAAUAUUACCAUCUACUGGCGGAAAAGAUUUACAAAAUACAGAAAGAGCUGGAGGAGAAGCGCCAGAAGCGGAAGGAGCAGCAGAUGCAACUGCAGCAGCAGCUGAAUGCGGCCGGCCAGGUAGUUGGUGGUGGUCCGAAUGCUGGUCAAAUAUUGCGACCACUGAAUCACAACCACCAACAGCAGCAGCAGCAACAGCAGCAACAACAGCAGCAGCAGCAGCAGGUAAACCUUCUCUCCAGUAUGGGUGCAGCUUCGGGCAGCGGAGUGGGUGGUAACAAUCCAACAACGAUGCAGCAGAUGCAAGCCGCACGCCACGGUGCCGGUGGACUGAUGAACCAAGCACAGAACAGUCUCGGCGCACAAAUGGGACCGAACAGCCGUAUCGGGGUGGUGAACGCGCAACAGCAGCAGGGUGGACCCGGCCAAACGCAGCAAUUGUUUGUAGCGCAGCCUGGCCCUAGCCCGAACGGGAACCUUGUGCACGGUGCCGGUGGGACCGUGUUACCCGGUGGGCUGUCACCGUUCGGUCAGCAGCAACCGAACAACCAUGCGCCGGGUAUGGUCGGUGUGCCGCAGCAGUCUCCGCAAGUGGUAAACCAGCAGCAACAAUCAUUCCUUAACGGGCCGUCGAUGAUGGACAGUUCGUCGCAGCUGCAACAGUUUAACGAUAUUGUCCGUGCGAAGUGUGCAAAUCUCAGCGGGGGCGGUAUUGACGGAACGCAGCAGCAACAGCUCGGUCAACUAUCCGGUGCGCUCACCGGUCAAACGAUGGGCCAAGGUAUGCGGUCGGCGUUCGGUGGUGUUAAUGCAAACACCGGCCAACAGCAGCAGGGACCGAAUCAGGGCGGUGUGGUUAAUCCUGGCGCAGCCGGCGGUAUGUUCGUCAACACGCUCAAUCCCGGUGGCUUUAAGCUGAUGAGCGGUGGCAAAACCCAGGCACAGCAGCGCAACAUUGCGCUUCUGUCCGGUAUGGGCGGAAGCGGUGCGGUUGGCGGAGCGGGCGGUACCGGUGCGGGACUUGUGGGCAGUGGUGAUAUGCUGGCCAGUAGCCCGUACGGUGGUGUGGGAGGUGCAACCGGUGGUACGCUCGGUCCCAACACAGCCAACGUUACGACGUCCAAUGGACCGAUGCUACCGUCACCGGCUGGCAACAACACAUCCAGUACCAGUAUUGUACCACUGCUGCUAACGCCUGGUGGUCCGGCAUCUACCGACUCAUCAUCGGCCGGUGGCGGUGCAGGUGUCGGUUUGGGAGACGGCCAAACGCUCAGUGGAACCGGUGGAAACGGUGUGUCUUCCUCGCUGCCGGUUGGUGGCGCUGGUCUUCUUCCGCCCGGGACGCUAGGUGGAACGUUGGUAACGGGCGGUGGUACGACUUCACUCGCGCUAAACGGUGGCUCUACCACUACUACACCGGCAACUACACCCGCAACACCGUGCAGUGGUAGCCUUGCGUCCACCUCGAGCGUGCUGCCCGCAGCAUCGGUCGGUUCAACGGUGACCAACAACACCGCGAACGGCGGUGCAACCAGUGCGGUUGGCAUGUCCGCUAGCCGCAUGUCAUCGUCCUCAUCGUUCAGUUCGCAGAUGGCGGCACUCGAGGCCGCAAUGGCACGCGACAAGGAAGAUUCACCCGAACCGCCAAGCAGCGCAAAGGAUAGUGCCAGCGGGGGUAGCGGUGGUUGCGGCAGCAAGAACAACAAGGGCAAGUUCGAGAUGAAGCGCGAGGAGGACAUCAAGUCCGAGCCGGACAGCAAUCAUAUGGACACGUCCGGUGGUGGCGAAGUUGGCGGCAAGAACGUAAACAACGACUGCAUGAGCAUGAUGGCGCACGAAAUCAAGACGGAGAUGAUGGAUGGUUCUGACGGUAGUGGCAGUGGCAGCGGUAAGAACAAGCUCGAUGUCAGCACGUUCAAGGUGGAGGUGGAUCAGGGCCGUUCCGGCAGUCCGAAGGCGAAGGUGAUGAAAACGGAGCUGAAGGCCGGCAUCUAUCCGGAACCGACCAUCCAGACGAACGCGAGUGACAACAAGAAGAAAUGCUCGUUCAAACCGGAGGAGCUGCGGGAAGCGUUGCUACCGACGCUAGAGAAACUAGUCACCCAGGAACCGGAAUCUAUACCAUUCCGUAUGCCGGUUGAUCCGAAUUCGCUCGGUAUACCGGACUACUUUGACAUUGUUCGCCAGCCGAUGGAUCUGAGCACGAUCCGGAAGAAGCUCGAAAGCGGUCAGUAUCAGGACCCGCGCGAGUACGUUGAUGAUGUGUGGCUCAUGUUCGACAAUGCCUGGUUGUACAACCGGAAGACGUCACGUGUGUAUCGCUACUGCACCAAGCUAUCCGAAGUGUUCGAGCUGGAGAUCGAUCCAGUGAUGCAAUCGCUCGGCUACUGUUGUGGACGAAAGUAUACAUUUAAUCCGCAAGUGUUGUGCUGCUAUGGCAAACAAUUAUGUACCAUUCCACGUGAUGCAAAGUAUUACAGCUACCAAAACCGCUCUUUUGGGGCAUUAUCUACCAGAUACACGUACUGUCAGAAGUGCUUCAACGAGAUACCGGGCGAUACGGUUACGCUUGGCGAUGAUCCGAUGCAGUCGCAAACCCAAAUCAAGAAAGAUCAAUUCAAGGAGAUGAAGAACGAUCACCUCGAGCUGGAACCGUUCGUCGAUUGUCUUGACUGUGGGCGAAAGCAGCAUCAGAUCUGUGUGCUUUACCUCGAAUCAAUCUGGCCCGGCGGGUUUGUAUGUGACGCUUGUCUGAAGAAGAAGGGCCAGAAGCGGAAGGACAAUAAGUUCAAUGCGAAACGCUUGCCAACCUCGAAGCUGGGCACGUACAUUGAGACGCGGGUGAACAAUUUCCUCAAGAAGAAGGAAGCCGGUGCGGGCGAGGUGCACAUACGCGUCGUUUCCAGCUCGGACAAAAUGGUGGAGGUAAAGCCGGGCAUGCGCAGCCGGUUUGUGGAAAACGGCGAAAUGCUGCCCGAGUUUCCUUACCGUGCGAAGGCACUGUUUGCGUUCGAGGAGGUGGACGGCGUUGACGUGUGCUUCUUCGGCAUGCAUGUGCAGGAGUACGGUUCCGAGUGUGCGGCACCAAAUACGCGCCGCGUCUACAUUGCCUACCUCGAUUCGGUGCAUUUCUUCCGACCGCGCCAGUACCGGACGUCGGUGUACCAUGAGAUACUGCUCGGGUAUAUGGAUUAUGCGAAGCAGCUCGGUUACACGAUGGCACACAUUUGGGCGUGCCCACCAUCCGAGGGUGACGAUUACAUCUUUCACUGUCAUCCGCCCGAGCAGCGCAUACCGAAACCCAAACGGUUGCAGGAAUGGUACAAGAAGAUGCUAGAUAAGGGUAUGGUCGAGCGCACGAUCCAGGACUACAAAGAUAUCCUGAAGCAGGCCAUGGAGGACAAGCUACAAUCAGCAUCCGAGCUGCCCUAUUUUGAGGGAGAUUUCUGGCCAAACGUGCUCGAGGAAAGCAUCAAGGAGCUUGACCAGGAGGAGGAGGAAAAGCGCAAACAGGCGGAACGCGAGGAAGCGGCAGCGAAUGCGAUCAUGUCCAUGAACGAUGACAGUGACACCGUAGCCGACGGUAAGAAGAAAGGCCAAAAGAAGGCGAAAAAGUCCAACAAAUCGAAGGCGGCCCAGCGCAAAAGCAACAAGAAAACGAACGAACAGAUUGGGAACGAUCUCAGUGCAAAGAUAUUUGCCACCAUGGAAAAGCACAAGGAGGUGUUUUUCGUCAUCCGGCUGCAUUCAGCGCAGUCCGCUGCGAGUUUGGCGCCUAUCCAAGACCCAGAUCCACUCAUUAACUGCGAUCUUAUGGACGGGCGUGAUGCCUUCCUGACGCUGGCAAGGGAUAAGCAUUACGAGUUUUCUUCGCUGCGUCGGGCACAGUUCAGUACGCUCUGUAUGCUGUACGAGCUGCACAACCAGGGCCAGGACAAGUUUGUGUAUACCUGCAACAACUGCAAGAACCACGUCGAGACGCGAUACCACUGCACCGUUUGUGACGAUUUUGAUCUCUGUAUUACCUGUAAGGAGAAGGUGGGCCAUCAGCACAAGAUGGAUAAGCUUGGUUUCGAUCUGGACGAUGGUUCAUCACCGUCGGACGUGAAGCAAACGAACCCGCAGGAGGCACGCAAACAAUCGAUCCAACGCUGUAUCCAAUCGUUGGUACAUGCCUGCCAGUGUCGCGAUGCCAACUGUCGAUUACCGUCCUGUCAGAAGAUGAAGCGUGUGGUGCAGCACACAAAGCACUGCAAGCGAAAGACGCACGGUGGUUGUCCAAUUUGCAAGCAGCUCAUUGCGCUCUGCUGCUAUCAUGCAAAGCACUGCCAGGAGGCGAAGUGUUUGGUACCGUUCUGUCCGAACAUCAAGCACAAGCUGAAGCAGCAACAGCUGCAGCAAAGAUUGCAACAACAGCAACUUUUGCGACGCCGUAUGGCGGUAAUGAAUACCACCCGACUGGGUGCACCGACACCGCAAAUACCGCAGAACAGCAAUGGUGGCGGUAGCAGCUUGAACAGUGCCGUCUGCUCAUCCAACGUUAUUGCUGGCUGUUCGGUCGCACCGUCCGGCCCGGUAAGCAACACGAUGGCAAUCGGUGUACCGGCCGGCGGUGGGGUUGGCGGUGUCGUCACCAGUAUGGGAUGCGGCGGUAUGGUAAAUGCUGGUGCGGGUGCGAUGAGCCCGUCUGCGGUACCGAAUACGGUACAGAUUGGUGGUAUGGGCAGUCCACAUCACGGUGGCAUGAGUAUGAAGCCGGGUGCACAAACACCGCCGGCGAAUGUGCUGCAAGCCGUUAAGCAGGUGCAAGAGGAAGCUGCUAGACAGCAGGCACCGCAUGUCGGCUACGGUAAAGUAAAUCCCGUGAUGGUACCGCCAGUGAUGCAGCGUGCGAUGCCAGCUGGCCAUAUGAACGCGGCAGGCGUCGGUGUGAACGUGUCCGGUGUUGGUGUAAUGCCGAAUGCGCAGCAGCAACCGAAUGCGGUAGGUGUGACCAUGGGUGGACCGGGCGGCGGUCCAGGCGGUAUUGGGCAGAAUGUAAUGCAGAUGGAUCAGUGGAACUCGCGCUAUCCGAAUGGUGGUGGACCAGGCAUGCGGCCAACGCUGCCCGGAUUGAUGCAGCAACCGCAGCAACAACCACAGAAUCCACUUCAAACGGGUAUCAUGAGCGGUGGUGUCGGUGGUGCACAAAUAAUGGCCGGCAUACGUCAGGGUCCGAUUGCUAUGCAGGGUGGUAUGAUGGGUAAUGCGCAGCAGCAGCAAGCCGGUGGACAGCAAAAUCAACCGGGCCAAACCCAGAUGGCCACACAGCCGAAGCAAGCGAUCGCCCAGCUGAUGGCGACCCUGAAGAAUCCGGCCGCUGGUCCCGAGCAGCAACAGCAGCUGCUUUCGAUACUGAAAGCCAAUCCGCAGCUGAUGGCAGCUUUUAUUAAACAGCGACAACAGGCCCAACAUCAGCAAAAUCAAAACCAGGUAGGGAUGCCGCAACAGCAACAACAGCAGCAGCAAGUCCAACAACAGCAACAAACGCAGCAGCAGCAAGCCCAGCAGCAACAGCAGCACGGUGUAAUGCAUCCCGGUGGCUCACAGGUGCAACAGGUGCAGGCGGGACAACCGGUGAUGGUGUACAACAAUCCACCCGCGUCCGUGCAAAUGGUUCCGAACCGUAUGCAAGGCGUACAGGGUAUGCCUGGCGGUGGCAAACCGGGCAAUAAUCCUUCCAUGCAAAUGCCGCUUCAACAGCAACUGUGGUAUAAACAGCAGCAGCAAGCGCAGCAACAACAGCAGCAGCAGCAACUGAUGCUUCACCGGCAACAGUUAGCGAUGGCAGGUGGCAAUAUACCGCCCGCCCCACCGUACAAUCAGCGCCCCCGGCCACAGCAGCAGAUGGGUGGCGGCUAUGGGCAGGGUGGUGGCAUGUUUCCCGACCAGCAACAGUACAUUCAGCAAACGAUGAAACCUAACCCUCAGUCGCAGGGUGGUGUCGGCGUGAACGUAUUGUCUCAGCAGCUGCAACAGCAACAGCAGCAAGGUCAGGGCCCGAACCAGGGCAUCAUGGGUCCACCGAAUCCGCAGCAGCUAGCGAUGCAGCAGCAGUUGAUGCAAUCGGUACGAUCACCGCCACCGAUACGGAGCCCGCAGCCGCAACCAUCGCCGCGUGCCGUACCAUCACCACGGGCCCAACCGUCCGUAUCGCCCCGGGCCCAACCGUCGCCGCAUCACAUACCAUCCCAUUCGCCCGUGCCGGUGCAACCGGGCGAUGUUGUGCUGCACAAUCACAUGCACUCCACCCACCAGCCAACGAACGUGGUCGGUAUGGUAGGUGGUGGCGGUGGUGGGGUCGGAAACGUUGGUAUGCAGGGUGCGGGUGGCGGAAAUGUGGUCGGCGUCGGUGUCGUCGGUGUCGGUGGUCCGGUAAACGCCAUGACCGUCGGUGGCGGUAUGGGUGGUGUGGUCGGCGUGGUCGGCGGCCUCGGAGGUGUCGGCGGUGGAGGAGGCAACGUGGUGGGCGUCGGGAGCGGCGGCGGUGUGCAGCAGGAUCUAGCGCAGGGCGUCGGUAUAAUCGGCCCCGGCGGUAACGGGAACGCUGGCGAAACCUCCCUGCCAGAUCAGCUAACCAAAUUUGUCGAACAGUUGUAGUAGUAUGCUGGCAAAGUCAACGCAACGGGUAGAAACGUUCAAUAUUGAUAUUAUUAGUUUGUUUGUUGAUUUAAAUUUUCCUGCUUUGUUUGGAAAAGUUCAAACAUGCAAAAUGUUCCGAUUUUUUUUUACUUUUGGUUUACGUAUGAACAGUAGCCCGAAAUUUUGUGGGAUAAAUCUAAGAAACGUGUACAUAACGAAGGUUAGGAGAUAGAAAGCAUAAACGAAAACAGUGAAUGAUGGUAGUUACAGACGAAUUGCGAUUCUAAGAAAGGAUUUAUGUAUGGUACUUGUAGCUAAACAGCUAUGUAUUUCAAUAUUUCUUGAUUUCGGUUGGUUAAAGCCGAAAGUCCAUUAACUGUGUCGAUAGCAAAAUGUUCAUUAGUUGUAUUCAAACCAAUGCAUGUAAACUCUUUUUGAUUGUGUAGGGGGUUGCUCUUUACAUUACCGUUUGUCAAACGUUUCGGUCGUACCGAAAACGGUUCCCCAGCUCCCCUCCCCCCCGAACCAACUCCCCUUUAGCGUGCGUGAAAUUAUAUUACGCAAACACGUGGGCACUAGUCUAGAGUAACCCAAGAGGGCAGGCAAGAGACCCUCUAGAAGGUCGUUAAGCCAAAUAAGAGCCGCUCGUUCGUUAAUAAAGGGGUUAGUAUUAAGCCCGGGGGGAAGAUUAGCAUUACGACGUUAACAAUGCGUACGUGACAAGAAUAUGUAAACUGUAUAGCUUGUUUUUGUACUACGGGGAGGUUCGAGCAGAACGAUACGAUUUAAGAAAUUAUAAUUGGUCGAUUGAAGCCAUUUUUCUCAGGUUUCAUUAAUUACCUUUCGUCGUGGAAUGCGCGCUCGUACAUAAACAUGCUUACAUAACUAUAUUAGUUUUUUUUUUACAUACUUUAUUUUAUUACCACUGUGAAAAUUAGUUUUUUUUUUGUGAGAUUGUUGAAGUAUGAUAGCCUACGCGGAUAUUGUCAUACUAUCUAAAAGCAAGGCAAUAUCAAGAAAUGCUGUAUUAACAAGUUGACUGUCAUAGCUAUGAUUUGUAAUAGUCGAGUUACGUUUCCCGGUGGUGCGAUGACUCUCAUUGUUGGCUAUCAACAAGGCAUGACAAACAAAAAACUGCAUGCAAAAACGGCUUGUGGCCUGCUCGGAAACGCUAACCGUAACAAGCAUAUAUGACAGUCAGAGUGUUUCUAAAGCAUAAAAAAAAUGGCAAAGACAAACGCAAGUUCAGCUAUGUGUGAUCCAAGAAUCGUAUCGUGUUCCAGUGCGUUUUCAGUUAGUAUGUUUUUCGUAAUUCGAUGUAUAAUGUGAUAGUGAAAAAGCAAAAAUAGGGAAAAGAAAGAAAGAUUAAAAGAGAAACAGAAGAAGCGAAAGAUAGAAACAAGCGGUUUGAUAAGAUGAGAGAGAAUGCAAGAGUUACAUAAUUAUUUUUUUUUUAAACUUGUGUUCGUUUAUAUUUUUACAGUUGAAUAUGGUGGUUAGAUGAAUAUGUUUAAAAGAGGAAAAAUAAGGACAAAGAGAGAUAGUGAUAGAUUUUCAAGGGUGUUCGAAAUAAAAGCAAAACAAUAGAGAAUUGUUAAGAAAAUUCAGAAAAUCAAAGCAAAACAAAACAAGAAGAUCGACAAACCAAGGCCUUGCUAUGGAAACAAAAGUAAUGCAAAAAGCGAAAGAGAGAGAGAGAGAAAGAGAGAGCAAAUAAUGCAACCGCGUAAAAACAUGAUUCACACUUUUUUAACUUAGAAAUUAGUGCUCGUCGUGGGGGUGGGGUGGAGAGCGAAGAUGGUGGGAGCGUUGUACGUCCCAUUCACACACAGACAUACCUUCGGCACCUUCAAUCUUCAUUGACCAUGGCUCGCGCCGGUUAGGCAAAGCAAUAGUGUGGUUUGUGGUUUCGUUAAAUACAAACCGAAAGUCAGGAUGCUAGAGCAUUUAGGGCAAAUCAAGAGAUUACGACCAUUACCAGCGAACCAUAACAUAUAAUUGCAAAGCAUACACACACACAUACACACAUAUUGACUCUUAUAGUAUAGCGAAAUUUCAUUCAUCGAAAUUAUUCCAUUUUUUACAUGUUAUAAAAUUUAAAAUGUCCAGUGCAGUAGAAAAGAUAUGAAGUAUCACUUCUUGUGUCCCUUUAGGCCGCUUUUAGCGUGUUUUGGGAAUGUGCAAAGUUCAGAUAAAGUCGCAAAAGUAAGCAUCACAAAAAUUGGAACAUUUGCCUUAUAAAGGAUUCUAUUUACUUACUUACGCGGUCUUGUCCUGUUGCAAGAGUCCUCGAAAUCGCUCUAGGGACUGAAAAAAAUAGCAAAAAUCACAAUCACAUUUUUAGGAAAUAUUUUUAAUGACAAAAAAGGGCCAAAAUGUUACGGAAUUCUUUUUGGGUUAAAAUUAUACCCUCCCUGGACUGUAAUGGGUUAAUUGCAUUCAUUCACAUACAGAAUAGUUGCACUUCGUUUUGUAACAAUUUUUUUUUCAACCAGAUCGAUCGAUAGUCUCUCUUCUUGGCUUUUAAUGACCUUACAGGUCACGCCGGCCAUUUCUGGCUUACUAGAUUUAUUUUUACCGCGUAGCCGGAUAGUCAGUCCUUGCUACGGGGGGUCGAUCCGAAUGGGAUUUGAACCCAGUCCUGCUGUGUGGAUCGGCGCCGUUUAUCACAUGCACCACCGGAUCGCUCCGAUCGAUCGAUAGUACAUUCAGUAAUUAACGACUCCACAAAACCUAAAACAAAAUGAGUAUGAUCUUAAACUACAGACCGAAUCGAUCGAAAAUACGAGGUUAUGUGUGUGUGUGUGUGGAUGGGCCUGCGCCAUGAUGAAAGUAGAAUUAUAGAAAAGAUUCACCAAAUGGUCCCGGUAUUUGGCUAGACCACCUCCCCCUAAAGCUUUAAAUCUAACCGCAGGCGAUUUAAUGAAGAUAUUUCGGGAAGCAAAAGAAAACAAGCCACGAAAACACAUACACACAGUAAUAGUAAACAAAGCAAUGACAUCCCGUGGAACCAAUCUAAACUUCGAACAAGACUUACUUCAAUAAGCGUUAACAUGUGCUUUUACUACGUUCGGUGUAAAUAUUAAUAUGAUUUUAUCUAAUUAGAUCCGUCUCAGGCGUGUUUACAAACUCUAUGCUGGCUUUGUAUUACAACAAAACAUGUGUAUUCUAGCAAUAAUUUUAAGAAGAAGCGAAAGAGAGAGAGAGAGAGAGAGAGGGGAGGUAGUGCUUAGAAGAGCGCAUCGGAACAAUGUGUAAAAAAAACGUGAACAAAAAGAUGUAGAAGUAUUCUUUCUCUCCAGUUUUAAAAUUACAAUCACCAUCCACAGCUCAGGAUAGUGCAUGCAACAUGAUAUCCACGUACACGAUGCUUUUGUUUUUUGCUUCGUUUUCCUCGUGUACCUGUCGCAAUAUUAUUUUCCCUUUUGUUGUUGCUAAUGGGAGAAAGAAGUACACCCUUUUUACUACACCACUCGGCAUGUGUGGGAGUGUGGUGCUACACUGCACAGGUGGAAAAAUCUGUUCCGAAUCUGAACAUGGAAAGUGAAGUUUGUGUGCGUGUGUGUGCAACAACUCUCUAAACAAUUCUUCAAUUCCUCAGCAACCGUAAUGCGCUAAAUUAUAGGAUGAAAAUGAAACGAGAAACGAAGAGAAAGUGAAACAAUUGCUGAGAAAUUGUUAUGUGGCUGUGUCGUCGUUAAAUUACACAUCAUCAGGAUAUAUCUGAUGGGAAAAUCCUUCUUUUCUCCCUUCCCUCCACUGCUUUUACUUUCGUUAAUCGUAGUUUUAACACGCCACCCCCCUGUGACGUGAACAGAAGCAUGCACUGGUAUGAAGAAGAAAAAAAAUAGUAUAAGACAGCAAAUGAACACGCAUCACACGAUCUGAAAUGGUUUUCGUUUCCUCUUUAUGAAGAAUAUAUUUUAAAGUAUGUAAGAAAAAUCCCCCCCCCCCCCCCCCUCCAUAAAACAUUAGUAAUAAGUAUAGUUUUUUUUUACAUUCAUGUGUUAAGUAUUUUGUAUCGUGCUUUGUUUACAUAAUUUAUCUACCCGCAAAUGCUUUCGAUUCCCGCAAUAAUGAUGUACAUACAAGUAGCAAAACGGUUCUAAGUAAUAUAGUAUAAAAUACACACUCCGGUUGCUGUUGUUGUGAAAUGCUCAGAGAAGAAAGACGGAAGAUGAAAGUCGGUCAGGCACACAGAGGAAACACACAUGAAUAGGGUUUUGCACCCUGCCCCGAAAAUGCUCAGACGCGAACGAUAUCAUCCCAGUCCGAAGUUCCACGUUAGGAUGCAAAACAAAGUAAAACUGUAUAGAAAUACGAUAGGGAAUAACUUAUAACACAAAAUGCCACAUUUAAUAUAACUAUAUAUAUAUGUAGUAUAGAACGAUUCUUAUAUCACACACCACUCGAAAAUUGCUGUUCAAACCAAUGUGUUGAGGUGUUUGCGAGAUAAGUGCAAACGGGAAGCAACAAAGCAAAAGAGAGCAAUGAGCAAGCUAAUAAAGGGUUGAUCCUUGUAAAUGGACCGUACUGAUAAAAAGAGGUAAAAAGCAAAAAUAAGCAAAAGAUAGAGAAAACAAAGAGGGUGAAAAAUGAUUGUGGCGAACUGAGCUUUAAAUUGCUCGAACUAAGCCAAUAAAACAAAACAAAAUCAGCUGAAUGUGGGGGGAGGGUAGUGCACAGAUGUUGUGUAUAAAAGAAUAUAAGAAAACUUACCCUCGUUUUCUCACUUCCCGCAAUGUAUUUGUUUUUGUUUAUUGUUUUAAUUUAAUAAUCCUACCAGUUACGGACGUACGGAGAAAAGAAACAAAAGGAAAAACCCUUCAUACUUACACUCUAAUAUUAAAUAGAAACAAAACAAUUAUGUUGAAACGAUGUACUACUACCGCUAGAUGUAAAAUAAGAAGAGAAAAGAAGGAAAAACGUAGGAGAAAAGAAAAGAAAUAAAAUAACGAAACAAUAUAGAUAGUGAGAAGAUGAAUAUUGAGCGAACGGAAGAAAAAGAGAAACGAAACGAACAUAAAAUGUAUACAAAUUCCAGAAAUUUAUUAUGUCAUGCUUUUGUUUUUGUACCUCGUAGAAUUGGCAUUAGAUGCGUUGGGUUUUUGGGGGAUAUGGGUGAAAACGGAGGGGAGUUGAGAAAGCAGUGGGAAAAGGGUAAAGGGCGGGAUACAUCCGGCACGAGCAAGGAGUGUAAGAAAGACAGUAAAAAGGUAAAAGGGAGAGAAUAAUUGCGAAUAAAAUGGAAUGUUUCAUAUACGAUUCAAAAGUAAACAACGUACUACCACACUAAUGCUACUACUACUACUACUACUAUUACUAAAAAAAAAACUACUACUACUAAUACUAUUGAUAGUAAAAUCGAUUUAGUGUAAGGGUGAAUCUCCCGACUGAGAUACGUUGGGUAGGCCUUUGGCCGAUUUAUGGCCGCCACAUAAAAUGGAGUCGCUAUAGGGAAGAUAGUGGCGCGAGGGUAUUAUAGCGUAUAAGGUUAGUAACAAAAGAACAAAUCAUGCUGCCCGUACGCGGGUUGAUUAAACAUUUUGACUGAAGUGAUCAUUAUUUUGCGCGCGCGCGCACAUCCCUAGGUGUGCGGCUAGGGAUGGAUCAACAGUUGCAUCAGAUGCGUCGUAGGUAUGUGUUCUACUGCAGGUGUAGAGUAUAUAUUCUUGUAAACGUUACGGGGGGGGGGGAAAGCAGAACGAAUUCGGGACAGUCUCGCACGUCUACGUCCCUGUAGUAUCGCUUCUCCCAAUGAGUUUGCAAAUAAGCGUGUAAGUAUGCAGCUGUAGAUGUAUAUAGACACUAGUACACUAGGGAUAUAGAUAUAGUAGCGUUGAAAGCGAAAAAGCAAUUUUUAAAUACCACGAAGCCUUCAUACAAGACGAUUUUUGGUUUAGGUUUUCAUCAUUUUUGUUUUUCGUUAUUGUCUUUCCCUUUCCUACCAUCUCUUACAUUCGUUUCCCGGCUAGCUGUAACCUGUGUCUGUUGAGCGUGGAAAGAUGUAAUGUACACACGUCGAAUAUGACUUCGCGUAUAUCAUUGGAUUAAUUUUAACCUUUAUCGAAUAUAGUAUAUAUAGAAUGCAAGGAGAUUAGCGAAUAGUGGCGAAAAGGUGCAGUGGAGCACACCCACACACACACAUACACAAGCAUAUGCGAUGUCGAUGUGCAUCGGUAUAACCGAUUCGGCGUCCUUCAUUUUUGCAAUAAUACAACCGGACAAUUCGGGCCUCAUAAUGUAGAUUUGAUGAUAAGUGUCGCUGAACAAGUACCGCACUAGGCAUACAAGUAAUUACCACUCAACAGACACAUUAGCUGGGGGAAUACAACAGGUGCAAGGAUCAGGCAUAACUUUAAUUUUAAGUAAUGAUGUACAAAACCUCAUGCGUAAAGUAAUAAAUGGAAACAAACUGUC